CGCCGUUGACGGUUUUGAACGCGAUGUUUCCACAUAUGCCGGUGAAAGACGAAAUAAAAAAAUGAAGCUUCGACGUCCGAGAAAAUUCCGCUGUACUUGUCGAUAUUAAAUCUUGACUAUAUUAUUAAUGCACGUAAUCUAAACGAAUCACGGGGAUAUGCGAUGAACGCGAUUUCGACGUUGUUUACCUGUGAAUGUGCUCCUCUGAAUCCAACGUUGCGUAACACAUGCCCGUUUCGAAAAUGAAAUAGUACCAGGUCCGCUGGCACAUGUUUUUGACGCGAUAACAGCAAACCAGCGACAACUCGGGUAACCCCGAAGCGAAACCAAUGACGCAACUCGACAGUGGUAUUUCUUGUCGUAUCUGUUGACGGCGAGGAUCCCCAGCAGGGAGCUUUUAAACUAGGCUUUGAAAAUGAGUGGUCAAAAUCCUACCCAAACAGCUGAUAUAACGCCACUCCAGCAGAUGACGGCGUCGUGCUCGGGAGCCGUGCUCACGUCCUUGUUUGUCACACCCCUGGAUGUUGUGAAAAUCCGACUCCAAGCUCAGAAAAAUCCAUUCUUCAAAGGAAAAUGCUUUGUCUACUGCAAUGGCCUUAUGGACCACAUAUGUUUGUGUGAAAACGGCAACUCGAAAGCAUGGUACAAAGCCCCUGGUCACUUCAGUGGCACGCUGGACGCAUUUAUCAAGAUAGUACGUCAUGAAGGGAUCAAAUCCUUGUGGAGCGGUCUCCCUCCAACCCUGGUGAUGGCAGUUCCAGCUACUGUGAUCUACUUCACGUGUUACGAUCAGCUAUGUACAGCCUUGAGGGUCAGGAUGGGUGACCAUGCACAGGAGGCCCCUAUCCUGGCAGGAGCUUUAGCUAGAGUGGGCUCUGUGACGGUGAUCAGCCCACUGGAGCUGAUCCGCACCAAGCUGCAGUCACAGAAGCGGUCGUACAGGGAGCUGACGGCUUGCAUUCGCUCGGCAGUGGAAACGGAAGGCUGGCUGUCGCUGUGGAGGGGCUGGGGGCCUACGCUGCUCAGAGAUGUGCCCUUCUCGGCCAUGUACUGGUACAACUAUGAGCGGGGCAAGGCCUGGCUGUGUAAACGAUACAAUACCAGAGAGCCCACGUUUGCCAUCACCUUCAUUUCUGGAGCAGUUUCUGGUUCGGUUGCCUCCGUGGCGACAUUACCGUUUGACGUUGUCAAAACGAGGAGGCAGGUGGAGCUCGGGGAGCUUCAAGCUCUAAAUUUGUCCUACCACGCCUCGUCGUCCUCCACGGUUAGCGUUAUGCGCAGGAUCGUGGCAGAGAAUGGCAUCGGGGGUUUGUUCGCUGGUUUCCUGCCCCGGGUGAUGAAGGUUGCCCCGGCCUGUGCCAUCAUGAUCAGCUGCUACGAGUUUGGGAAGGCCUUCUUCCAGAGGCACAACCAAGACAGAACGCUGGUGCCGCUUCAGAGCGAUAAUGCCUGAUUGCCCCGCUGUGGAUUUGUCUAUUGAAUUUCCUUCACCUCGGAAUAAAUAAACCCACACACAACCUUAGCUUAUACCCAAAAGACAGGCUAAUUACAGGGCAAUGGGGAAAAACACAAAAGAUAGUUCAACGGACAGACUAAGUUGUGGCCUCGUUUUGUUGCCUAAUUUUAUAGAUGAUAUUUUAUUGGUAAGCUUUUACUGCUUAAAGAAAAUGACUGAGAUUAAUAUAAUAUUCCGUAUUUUGUCUUUCGGAUGUUCUCAAAUCCUGGUGCUGAAGUGAUGCCGAGAAUUGCAUUAACCAGCAUGGCCAGCGGGUGUCACCCACAGGUUGGGUGUCAUGGCAUGCGGUAGUUGUCCAGGUCCCACCUUGCUUCCCUGAUAUCAGACAGAACUGCCAGCUCUUAGACUACAUUUCCAUCUGCAGUCUGACAUUGGCUCCAUCCAUCCAUCCAUCCAUUAUCCGACCCGCUUAUCCUGUUCUCAGGUGGCGGGGAUGCUGGAGCCUAUCCCAGCAGUCAUUGAGCUGCAGGUGGGGAGACACCCUGGACAGGCCGCCAGGUCAUCACACACACACACAUAUUCAUACCUAGGGACAAUUUAGUACGGCCGAGUCACCUGACCUACAGGUCUUUGGACUGUGGGAGGAAACUGGAGCACCCGGAGGAAACCCACGCAGACACGGGGAGAACAUGGCAAACUCCACACAGAGGACGAUCCGGGACGACCCCCAAGGUUGGACUACCCCGGGGCUCGAACCCAGGACCUUCUUGCUGUGAGGCGACGGCGCUAACCACUGCGCCACUGCCACCACUUAACAGAAUUCGGGGGGGGGGGGUUCUAUUGUCUCUAACCAAUCACUACCAGAGAUCAACGCAUCCGCCUGCACCUAACAUCUUUUUAAAUCGACGCUGAUGCGUAGCCAUGGCAACAUACUGGUUUAGCCGGGGGUUUUAAGAACGGAGCGGAGUGAAGUAAAAACAAACUACGAUGUCGGGUGACGUUGAGAAGACGUGCCGUCAGUGGAAAAUACAUUUGUUAAUCAAGGGGGGUUAAGAUUAUUCAGCAGCCCAAACGCGAAAGAGAGGCCAUUAAGUGAACGUUAGGGUAACAUUAACAGCUUGGGAACGGCGUUAGACCCACCCUUGGCGACGAUUGGCUAAUCGUCACGUCCCCUUGGUGCCGAUUGGCUAAUCGUUACGUCCCCGCGGCGCUGAUUGGAUAAUCGCGUUUUCAACCGAGAAACGACCGUUUCGUGCCACGAUGCUGCCAGAAUCACGCCUUGUCCACACGUCCAGGAGUGUUUUUUGGAAACGUGGCGUAAGGUCACUGAAAACGUACCUUCUGGAAAACUCCUUCGGUUUUCAGGAGCUCCUCUUUUCAGUGUUGACGUGUCGACAGGGAAUCGGUCAACUUCGGCGGAGUGGUCGGACUCCGAAAGUCUGGACCCAGCCAUGGUCCCUCCCUGCUCUGGUGGCAGAAUUGAGUGAACUGUGCCAGAAGACAUUCCAGGUUUCCCUUCUUGAGUUUUUCUUUUAUUGAAAGACUAUCCAUUUAGUCCUCUAUCUCUGAAACGGGUCUUUUUCUGUACCGCCACUCCAGAUCCUUCGGUAAUGUCUUCUGUGCUUUAAAGAUGGAAAUAUUAGAAUAUCCCUGCAUUGCCAUUUGAGGAGGAGGAGCUGCAAGAUAUUUUUUUUCCACUUUAAGAUGGAAUCCCACCUCAGAAUACGUGUAUGCGUGUAUCAGUGAGGAAAUGUCAACCACCCUGCUGUCCCACAACACUACGCGUUUCCAGAACCCUAACCUGUGAAAAAAACAUGAAAUGAAUACCUACAUUUGAAAUGCCUUAUAACAUUAAGUAUUCGAUCUGUUCAAUAAAUAAAUCAACUACUUUGUGAGCUCGUUGUGCGGCCGCAGUAUUCAAGGAGGUGUGUAGAACCUGAUAAUGUAAU